AUGCCGGUCUACCGCAUCCGCGGCGUGGACGUCGACUUCCCCUACGAUGCCUACGAUUGCCAGAUCACCUACAUGGACCGCGUUCUCCAGUCACUGCAACAGGGUAAUAACGCGCUGCUCGAGAGCCCGACGGGGACGGGGAAGACGCUCUGCCUGCUCUGCUCCACGCUCGCUUGGCGGCGCACCUUCGGGGAGUUUCUGCGGGGCGGUGGCGGCGGUGGGGGCGGGGGAGGCAGCCAGCCAUCAGGGAGCCAGCAGUCUGGGGCAUCCGCGACCCAGUCAUCGUCGUACCCCGUGAUUAUCUAUGCCUCCCGGACGCAUAGCCAGCUCCGGCAGGUGAUCAAGGAGCUCAAGGCCACCAGCUACAGGCCGAAAAUGGCAGUGCUGGGCUCCCGUGAGCAGAUGUGCAUCCAUGAAGAAGUGAGCAAACUCCAGGGAAAAGCACAGAACAAUGGUUGCCACUACCUCUGCAAGAAGCGCUUGUGCCGUCAUAACAACAUUGUCACUGAUUACAUGAAAAACAACACCGAGAUUGGGAGUGAGCCUUUUGACAUUGAAGACUUGGUUAAUAUUGGGAGAACCAAGGGACCUUGCCCAUAUUACAUUUCCCGGGAGCUUUCCAAGUCGGUUGAUAUUUUAUUUGCUCCUUAUAACUAUCUCAUUGAUCCGGGAAAUCGGCGUUCCUUAACUGGCAUAUCAUGGGACAAUGCAGUACUUAUAUUUGAUGAGGCACACAAUCUGGAGAGUAUAUGUGCAGAUGCUGCCUCUUUUGACUUGCUUACCAGCAACCUCACUUCUUGCAUCACGGAAGCUCAAGAAUGCAUCCAAUUGUGUUCAUUCAAGAGGUCCAUUGAAAACUCUGCUGAAAAACAAUUUGACCCAGAAAACUAUGCUAUCCUCAAAGCUCUUUUAAUGGCACUUGAAAAAAAAAUCGGUGAGCUUGUAAUUGAUUCCAAGGAGCUGGGUUACACAAAGCCUGGGAGUUACAUAUACGAGUUCCUCUCUGAACUGAAUAUUACGUCUGAAACAUCCAAAAAGCUUAUUGAGAUUAUCGAUAGUGCUUCUCUACUGCUCGAGGAAGGAAAUUCUGGUGAAACUAAAGCUGGUGUUAAGGCAAAAUCUACUGUGUCUAGAUUGGAAACAAUUAGAGAUAUGCUUGACAUAAUAUUUAAGGGUGGUGGUCAAAACCAUGCGAAGUAUUAUAGUUUUCAUGUGAAUGAAUCAUCUCGACAGACAUCUGGUGACUCAUUGCAAGUUUUCGGUAAGGCUUCAAGGACUCUUAGUUGGUGGUGUUUUAACCCAGGGCUUGCUAUGGAGGAAUUUCUGAAGUUGGGUGUACGCUCCAUUAUUUUAACUUCUGGAACUUUAUCUCCCUUAGACUCGCUUGCCAUGGAAUUAAACCUUGAGUUCCCUGUCAGGCUAGAGAAUCCUCAUGUCAUUUCUCAAGAUCAAAUCUGGGUUGGAGUUGUGCCUGUGGGGCCAUCAGGACACCCACUUAAUUCUUCUUAUCGGACACGUGAGACUGUAAAAUACAAACAAGAAUUGGGCACUGUUAUAGAUGGUCUCCUUGUUUUCUUUCCUUCAUAUUCUAUGAUGGACAAGUGUAUCGACUACUGGAAAAAUAGGAACCAUGAACAUUCAGUGGAUGAUAGCACAAUAUGGCAGAGAAUGUGCAAGCAUAAGCAGCCAGUUAUAGAGCCUAGGCAGUCUUCAAACUUCCCAAAUGCAAUUGAGGAUUAUGAGGCCAAAUUACGCGAUCCUUCUACUUUUGGGGCAAUUUUUUUCGCAGUUUGUCGCGGCAAAGUUAGUGAGGGUCUUGAUUUUGCUGACCGUGCUGGGAGAGCUGUAAUAGUUACUGGAAUGCCCUUCUCCACCCCGACUGAUCCUAAGGUUCGGCUCAAGCGUGAGUAUUUGGAUAAGCAGGCUAAACCAUCUAACAAAAACCCAAAGACUUUGACAGGAGAGGAGUGGUAUGUACAACAAGCAGCAAGGGCUGUCAAUCAGGCUGUUGGACGCGUCAUCAGACAUCGCCAUGACUAUGGAGCAAUUAUUUACUGUGACGAAAGGUUUGUGUGGCCAAAUUACCAAUCCCAGAUGUCCUACUGGCUCAAACCUUAUAUAAAGUGCUACUCUAAGUAUGGGGAAGUAGUUCAAACAUUGACAAGAUUUUUCCGGGAUAAAGUUUGUGUAGACCCAAAAGAGAUGGACUGUAAUGAUAGCGUUACACCGCCUGCAGACAAAUGUCUGCCGCAGGAGAUUCUAUCUGACUCGCCUGCCACAGCAGUAAAUGAGCACCGGGGAACUACAGUAUCAUUGAAUGCAACCACCAGAAAAAACAACUAUAUGAAGUUUACCCAGAUCACUCCUGCCAAUCGCACUACCCUUCCUAUGAAACAUGGCUGUUCCACUUCUUCACAGCUCGCAUCCUCAAGGGGCCAAUUUUCUCAGGAUUCUCAGGUUGUUGAUUUGACCGAUAAUGCGACCAUGCAUGGACAAUUGAAGGAACAUACCUUAAAGUCUAUGAGGCUUAAGAAGGCUAAAAUAGCAGAUGUCUCUUCACAAUUGAAACAUAAUGUUGAGUCGAGAGCUUUGACUGGAAACCGAGGUCAACAAUCUACACCUCCAUCAAAAAGAAGUACCAUUGAACAAGCAUGUGAAAAGAAUGAGGCUAUUCAAGAAAGAUGUGGAGGCCAGGAAUCUACUACUGGACCGGCCUUCUUGAAGCUGGCUCGAGAAAAGCUCAGUACUGCAGAGUAUGGAGAGUUUGUUGAAUUUAUGAAGGCCUUAAAAUUGAAAACCAUGCACAUCAAAGACUCACUAGAAGCAAUAGCGAAACUGUUUUCUUCUCCAGGGCGACUCACACUUCUUGAAGGUUCAGGGUCUUCGUUUCUAAGAAUCAUCUUCCAUUAUAUGAGCAGCUUGUUCGAAAAUAUACCAUGGCUAAUACAUAAUGACAUCAUCUGUUGCACAUAUUUAAAGAUGAAAUGUGGAAAAACCUCAAGCAGCAAGCCCAAAGAAUUCCACUGA